GUACCAUGCGAUCCUCGGCAUCCGCAUUACAACUGCCGUUUGUCUGCCGAUGUGCCACUAUCGGGCUUUCGACUUCUGUUUCACCAACACUCGCUUCGCAUCGGAGUUCCAGCUUUCGCGCGCGGAUCACGCGUUUGUUUUUCGAAAGUUUCGGAAGCGCGUUCCGGUAUUUUCGGACUUGAAGUGUGUGUAAACUCGAUUUUUUUGCCAACAAACUUCGAGUGCAAAUCCAUCGUGGGUGACUGUGACUCAAUUUAAUGUUUUUGGAGGUUGGAAAGUUUGGUAGCCAGAUGUGUGGAGCUGGUGCUUCGAGUUGGCGUUCGUAUAUCUUCUGGUUCUUUCUCUUAGUUGGGCCUAAUACAAAAACUACAGUAGCCAUAUUGAAUUGUCUUCUAGCUAGACAAUUCUGCUUCGAAGAUGCUUCUUGUUCCGCCAUCUUAGAAAUUAUACCAAGAGUUUGCGGUCCGGAAGUUGUUGCAUGUUCGACCGUAACCGUAACGAAAUGCCAAGCAGCCCUUCGCACUCUUCAGGCAUUUCCGUUCUUCAAGCCCACGUGUCUUUGUCGAGAGCCUCACGUGGACCCGGAGUGCAACUCCUUUAGAGAUUUUCUUUUCGAUCACCCUUGCGUGUUCGUCAUGAAAAAAGCUGAGAAAGAUCCGUAUCCAGUUGAUGCCCUGCCAACAUGUAAUCACGCUUUAUCAGUUUGCCAACAAGAACAUAAAUGUAUUAAAUUGUACGAGGACUUCAAAGCCAACUGCAAAGUGCGAGAUAAUAGAUGCCGGAUGGAUGACAGAGAUUCAUGCUACCAAGCUUGGACCAACCUCCGAAAAUCUCCAAUGUUCGGUUGUAUAUGUCCCAAUAAUCAAAUGAAGAAGAGAUGCGACAGGAUUUUUAGUAUGGUUAAUCACAAUCCUUGCGUAGGUGAGUUCAAAGUUUCACUGACUGUGUUCCUAGAAAAAAUAGUAUUCCAAAGUACAUGUCAUACGGCCUUAACAAGUUGUAAUAAUUAUUACCAUUGCCGAAUGCUUCUCAAUCCAAUUUUACACCAUUGCGACAUCUCACGCUGCAACAGAAAUUCAUGCAUGGAAGCUCUGCAGAAGUUCUAUAGCAAACCAGAUUUUCAUUGGAAUGUUGAAAUAGCAUUCUGUCUUUGCAAGAAAACUGACAACAAACAAGAUGCUUGUUUGAUUGCACAAGAGAAACUUCAUCCGGUGUGUGCACAAAGAACUGAAGAGUCUCCUCAACCAUCUUGUCUUCAUUUAGCAGAAGUUUGCAAAGAAAAUAAAGAAUGUAGAUCGAAGUUGGAGUAUUACGAGCAAUCUUGUGCUGUUGACGCCGUGACGAAAAAAUGUGCCGGAUCGCCGAUUGAAUGUCGAACGGCUAUUUUGGGAAUUUUAGGUACGGAUCUAAGGACGACUUGUGCCUGCAAAGGUACGGACAUGACACAAUUGUACGAAUGUCUCGGUUGGCAGAGACUCCUCUGGGUCAAUCCAUGUGUAGUUGAAUCGCAGAAAAACUUUCACAUGGCUAAGAAUUUGGAGCAGGCUUUUGUACCAACUAGUACUACGAGUACAAGUACCAUUACGACGACCACCACUGCCACGACUACAACGACCAAACCCACGACAAGGCGAACCAAACCUCCGACUACGACUACCACAAUGCCACCAAAAUCUUGCGUUGUUCAGAGACCACAGUUUCCCAAUCAUUAUAUACCAGAAGGAACUUUCAAAAGGAUUUACCACGAAGAUGAAUUUGAAUGUUCAGACGUGUGUGAAUGUGAAAUUGGCGAGAAACUGACUUGUAGAACCAUUUGCAUAGACAGGAUGCCCUGCAAGACUGAAUUUGCGUACUACAAUCAUGCGGCUCCGGCGUUUCAAGCUUUCCGGGGAAGGUGUCUAUGCUAUUCCGGAAGAUUCAUCUGCAUGAAACCCAUGCCGAACGAUUACUCAUUACCUCAGGGUGUUUUCCUCUUUUUGGGAUACAGCGAAGUGGAUGAGAAGGAGCUCAACAAGAAUCACACGGUAAUUGUUGUACAAGAUAUUGUUAGAGUUUUACAAAAUAUUAUUGAAGAGGAGGCCGUUAAUGGGACACUUUGUACUUUGGAGUUCUUUAAUGCAACUAAAGAAAACGUCAUUCUUUCUGGAAAACUCUCCGAAGACAUCGAUUAUAGUAAAUUGUCUCCACCAGAAAUUCUUGCUAAGGAGAAGGAGGAAUGCGUGGAUCUUUUAGAAACGGUUAGCGAGAAGAUCAAUUCCAAAAACAGAGAUUUCGUUUCGCAUCUGUUACUAUCAAUAUUCAAAAUGGCGGAAGUGGAAAUAAUCCCAAUCGAAACGAAAUCAUCUUCAGCGAUAUAUUUUUUUACACCACAUAUAUUGAUAUUAUCUGUACUACUAACUAAAAUAUUCCAAUAUAUACAAUCAACGCCAUCGUGACAUUAAGACUGAAAAUGUUAAAAUAAUUAUAUGUAUACAUAUCAUUAUAAAUAUGCGGAUAAAUUAAUGUCAGAUGUAUUUUAAUGAACAGCGUGAAAGCGGUCGAUAGUAGCCUAGGUCAAUGAAAAUUAUACAAAUGUCAGUAUAAACUGAAUGUUUGUUAAAGAUAUAAGUAGAUGGUCGGAAUUUGAGUCGACUAAAGAAAAAAUUCAAUAAAAGGCAAAUUUAUGUAUACUUUAGAACAUUUUUUUUAGAAACUAAAUACUUAUUCACUUGACUAUCAUUAAAGAUAAAGCAGAAUCGCUCUCAGAAAAUGAAAGCCAUUGGUAUAAUGGAAUAUACUAAAUUAUUAGAGAUCAAAAACUUCUAUGUCAGUAUAAAAUCCCACUUAAUCGCGUAAAUUUUCAUAUAAACAAUCAACUUUAAGGUCUGGCUAUUAAAUAACGAGACUGGUUACAGAAAAAGAUUUCAUUAUAAAAAUUAUUCUAUAUUCGAAUGCUCCCCUUCCACUCGCCACACACCUUUCCAUUCGGUUUCUCCAUUGAUCGAAGCAGUACUGGAAGUCUUCUUGGGUGAGUGCCUUUAGGAGCCCUGCUGUUUUUUCCUUUACAGCUUCCAUCGACUCAAAUUGGGUCCCUUUCAAAGCAAGUUUUAUCUUCGGAAACAAAUAAAAA